AUGAUAGGAGGUGGUUCAUGGUCAGAUGAAAUGGGUUCUGGUUUAAAGUUUAAAAUACCAUCAGGAGUUCCAUCAGACACAUGUCCAUCAGAAACUCUUAAAGCAGAUGUUUUGGGCUUCGAGCAAUUUUGUAUCAAUUUGACAAAUGAGAAGUUACAGCAGCAUUUCAACCAGCAUGUCUUCAAAAUGGAGCAAGAGGAAUAUACAAAGGAAGAAAUUGAUUGGAGUUAUAUAGAGUUCGUUGAUAAUCAAGAUGUUCUCGAUCUUAUUGAGAAGAAACCUGGCGGCGUUAUUGCUCUUCUGGACGAGGCCUGUAUGUUUCCAAGAUCAACGCACGAAACAUUUGCUGAAAAGCUAUAUCAAACACUUAAGGACAAUAAGCGAUUCAGCAAACCGAAGUUGUCACGAACUGACUUCACCAUCAAUCAUUAUGCUGGUGAUGUCAUGUAUCAAACUGAUCUUUUCCUUGAUAAAAACAAAGACUAUGUUGUUCCGUAA